UACACACAACUACUCAAGCAGCAGCCCCACAGUCCACAGGUCGGUCUAAAGAUGCAGAGGUGCUUUGGGAUUUUCUGUGUGUCGCUCAUCUUCUGCGCAGCUCUGUCUGAGACCAUCGGGUUGGUCAUCGCGGCGAAGGAGAAGCGUGGCUGGACACUGAACAGUGCCGGCUACCUGUUAGGUCCCCGUCGUAUUGAUCACCUAAUUCAGAUAAAGGAUUCUCCCAGUGCCAGAGGCAGAGAGGAGCUGGUCGCUCAAUAUGGGAUCGAUGGACACAGGACGCUUGGAGACAAGGCGGGGCUCGCUGGGAAGAGGGACAUGGAGGAGGACUACAGAACAGGUGGCCUGAGAAUAGCAGAUGGAGACAUCAUCCACACUGUCUUCGACUUCCUGUCAUACCUUAAACUUAAAGAGAUGGGAGCUUUGGACAGCCUGCCUUCCUCUGUGACAUCAGAUGAACUGGCCAACCCCUAAUGUCCCCCCCCCCCCUCUCCUCUCCUCACAUCCAUCAGCCCGAGUCAUGUUUCUGCUGUGCGGGCCCCCCGCCACCCUACAUGUCCCCAUACUGUUUCUCCAUCCACUCUCUGACGCUGGAUUUGUCCCGGCUGUAAAGAUCUGAUUCUUUAACUCUUUGAAUGAUUGUCCCCC